AGAAAAUUGAGCUUAUCUCAUCACCCACCAAACAUCUCUCCUCUAUAUAAAGGAAAUAGGCAGAGGGUUCUCUAUACAUAAACAUAUAGAUACAUAAUAGUGUUAUAUAAAUCGAGAUAUAGUAUCGAUUUAUUGAGUACUAAAAUACUAAUCAACUAACAAAGAUGAAAGGUGGAAGUGGAAGCAUGGAGAAACUGAAGCCGAUAUUAGCGAUAAUAUCACUGCAAUUUGGGUAUGCAGGCAUGUACAUCAUUACCAUGGUCUCUUUCAAGCAUGGCAUGGACCAUUGGGUCCUUGCCACAUACCGCCAUAUCGUUGCAACGCUGGUCAUGGCUCCCUUUGCUCUAGUAUUCGAGAGGAAAAUUAGGCCUAAGAUGACACUACCAAUUUUCUAUAGGCUUCUUGCUCUUGGAAUACUAGAACCCCUUAUGGACCAGAACUUCUACUACAUAGGAUUGAAAUCCACGUCAGCAUCGUACACUUCUGCCUUUACCAAUGCACUUCCCGCCGUCACCUUCAUUCUCGCCCUCAUUUUCAGGCUUGAGACAGUGAACUUUAGAAAGAUACACAGUAUUGCAAAAGUGGUAGGAACGGUAAUAACGUUGGGAGGAGCAAUGGUAAUGACUUUGUACAAAGGUCCUGCCAUUGAAAUCGUGAAAGCUGCACAUUCUUCCUUCCAUGGUGGCUCAACCACAGCCACUGGCCAGCACUGGGUCACCGGAACCUUAGCCAUCAUGGGAAGUAUCUCCACUUGGGCUGCUUUCUUUAUUUUACAGUCGUUCACAUUAAAACUUUACCCGGCUGAGCUAUCUCUGGUGACGUUGAUAUGUGGGAUCGGAUCGAUAUUAAACUUUGCGGUUUCGAUGAUAUUUGUCCGUGACUUGAGCGCCUGGAAAAUCGGCAUGGAUUCCGGGACACUCGCAGCGGUUUACUCCGGAGUGGUUUGUUCAGGCAUUGCGUAUUACGUACAAAGCAUUGUGAUAAAGCAACGUGGCCCUGUGUUUACGACGUCAUUUAGUCCUAUGUGUAUGGUUAUUACUUCAUUCCUCGGUGCACUGGUUCUGGCUGAGAAAAUCCACCUAGGAAGUAUAAUCGGAGCAGUUUUCAUCGUCAUUGGACUAUAUAGUGUGGUCUGGGGAAAAAGCAAAGAUGUAGUUAAUCCCUUGGAUGAGAAAAUAGUAGCUGAAGAGCUUCCGAUUACUAACUUGGUCAAACAAAACGGUCAUGGUCUCUCGGAAGCACCAAUGAACGGUCUUGAUGUCUCGAGAGCAGCAACUAACACUGAGGUUGCAAAUAUCUGAAUCGAUCCCGCAGAGAAAAAGGAAGAUACAAAGACAAAGAUGUGUUGAAAUUUUGAUAUCUUUCUAUGUUGUUCUGUGUGUUUAAAUGCUUUUAAAAGUUUCUAAAUCGUCCUACCCUUCCUUAGCUGUAGACAUGUAGUAUCUUUACAUAUGUCUAUGUAUUCUCUGCUUUUACUUCUUGUAUUUUGAAAUUUCAAGGUGGUAAAAUUUGGCCUAAGACAAAAACAAUUGUCAAAUUGGUUUUACCAACAAAAAAAAAACAAUUGUCAAA